AUGGCAGCAAUACAGGCAAGAAAGUCACGGCCAAGCACCAUCAGCAGCCUCACCCAAACUGAACCGACGGCAAGAAACCACCAAGCUUCCCGCUCGACCAUGCCUCUCCCAUCAGCCCACGAGCUUCACCUCCGAGCCCAAUACAGGCCUCCUCCACCAGCUCACCAUCACCGUCCCACUCAAAUACCAACUCGCCAAGCCUUCAUCCUCAAUCAUCACCAGCACGAGUACUGGCUCCCAUACCCACGCCCGCGCUCACCCCUAACCCUCUCCACCUCUGUCUCCUCGCCCUCCUCCUCCUCCUCCUCCUCUUCCUCUUCCUCCUCCUCCCCAAGCCCUUGA